AUGGAGCUUCUCUACGUAUCAGACGUAUUGAAAGUGCAGAAGAUGGACAAAAUCAACAAAAUGGAUCCAUACGGCGUAGGACUGAUAUAUUUGUAUAAAACACGAGAGAAUGUCGUAAAGGGGAUCUUCUACAACAGAAGCAAGCCAAACAAGCUCUAUUUCAAUCGGACUCAAUUUAGCAGUCCAAAACCAGGCUGUGCUGAAAUAGCAAUCAACCAGUCCAAAUACCUGAUAAACCACCCUGCCUGCGACGAAAUGGUGAACUAUUUCAGCCAGUGA